ACUCUCUAGGCAGGCAACGGCAGCACAGGCACAGCAGCAGCGUGGUGGUGAGAGUGAGAAGCAUGUGACCCCUCUUAAAAACACUUCGCCGAGAAGUCACGCACCAAACACCACCAAGAACGAACAACUCUUCUCCCCCUCUCCCCCUCCUUCCUUGCUCCUCCUCCCAUCUUGUCUCCUCCCUCUCUCUCGCAAAGUCGCAACGCGCUCCUCCUCGGUGAAACGGGAGUGAGGUGCGUGCGGCCAUGGCGUCCAGCGCCUCCCGGUUCAUCAAGUGCGUCACGGUGGGCGACGGCGCCGUGGGCAAGACCUGCAUGCUCAUCUGCUACACCAGCAACAAGUUCCCCACUGACUACAUACCAACGGUGUUCGACAAUUUCAGCGCAAACGUUGUUGUGGACAGCACCACGGUGAAUCUGGGCCUCUGGGAUACUGCUGGGCAAGAGGAUUACAACCGGCUCAGGCCUCUGAGCUAUCGUGGUGCUGAUGUUUUCGUGCUUGCCUUCUCUCUUGUGAGCCGAGCUAGCUAUGAAAAUAUUAUGAAGAAGUGGAUACCGGAGCUACAGCAUUAUGCACCCGGCGUGCCCAUUGUGUUGGUUGGCACAAAAUUGGAUCUCCGUGAAGACAAGCACUACUUGUUGGACCAUCCUGGCAUGAUACCUGUUACCACAGCACAGGGUGAAGAACUUCGAAAACAAAUAGGUGCUGCUUAUUACAUUGAGUGCAGCUCAAAGACACAACAGAAUGUCAAAGGUGUGUUUGAUGCUGCUAUCAAGGUAGUAAUCCAGCCUCCAACUAAGCAGAGGGAAAAGAAGAAAAAGAAAUCACGACAAGGAUGCUCUAUGAUGAACAUGUUCCGUGGAAGGAAAAUGUCAUGCUUCAAAUCCUGAUUGAUCGAGAUGUCCCUUACAUGAUGCAAUGUUCUGGGUGCAACCUCAAGCUGGCAACCUUUGGAGUCUGAAUGUGCUGGUAGAGUUAGAUGCAAAGUUCUUGUGUAUAUUUGCAUCUUUUGGUAAUUAAUUACUAGAGUUAGAUGGUUAAACUAGUCUGCUUAUGUACCGCACAAUGCUCUUAUUAUUAGCUCUUGUUGGUCUAGAAAGUCUGAUAGAUGCCAAAGGAACAAGGAGACACCGUUCUGUCAGGACAAAAUCACAGAUUUUGUAAUCGAUCUGAAGUCUCAGUAUCGUCAUUAGAACAUUUUAUGAUUCGAUGGUAGAACUGAAAGCAGCAACUACAAAGCUCGCCG